CUGAGCUCUCCCUCCACUUUCUGUUCAGCCCUCCACUUGCCAGUUGAACAGAGACUGGACCUUCAGAGCUGCUUGGUGUGCCUACAAAGGGAUGUGACAGACUCAUUUUUAAUUUUUUUUUUUAAUUCCUGUUUGGACUUCAGCUCAUAUUGUUUUCUCACCUGGACAUUGCAAUGUCUGAAAGCAUUGUGAGGAAGGUCCAGCCCUUCACCAUUGGGACGAGACUGUCAGUCCCAGCGGUACCAAAAUGCCCGGAGUUUACCCAGAGCUAUCUGCAGAGCCAGAGUCUGGAUAACUGCACUCUGCAACACAACCUGAACUCGCUCUACCUCAGUCGGUCCCAGGUCUGCGCACACGGCCCCUGUCUGGUCCCACCCGUCGCGAAGCAGGUAGCACCAGUGAAGCACAAUCAGGAGGACAUGGCAGCCGAGGACGACCUGAACCAGAACGUCGCCUCUCCCUCUGCUGUCUCAAGGUCCAUCAAGAAGAUCACCAUCUCUGGGAGUAAGGACAUUUCACAGAACAAAGUGUUGCAGCUUUCCGUGAGGGGGUCCACUUCUGAAAACAACAAUAACAACAACAAUGUCACCAGAACAUCAGAGGCACAUCUGCCCAGGAUUGUGGGAAUGAGUUGUGAGAAUAAGCCCAGUUCUCACUUCAAGGUUUUACUCCGUAGAGACAGGAGUGAUGACCUUCAGCCCACUGGGGGACAAACCAGGCUGAGACUGAAGGGAGAGAAACCCGACCAACAGAUCUCGGUGCCUGAAGCGCAGCAGAACGAGCCUCAAAGAAGAGAAAGUCAUCUGCACGCACAGAAUGGAGCGUCUGCAGCGGUUACGUCGCAGAGUGACUGCUUCACUCAGCGCAGCUCACUCUUCCACAAGGAAGCACUGCAGGCAGAGGCGUGGAUCAAAGGCAAGAUGCAGGAUUUGAAGGAUGGAUGUAACAUUCAGCGCUGCCCCCUGCAGGACUGGGAGGAAGCCUCGCGGACGCUUCAGAGAGACGUCAAAGACUUUGAGAACAUCCUAAUUCAACUCAACCAGAUGGGUGAGCAGUUGAUCUGCAAGCUGAACCCCUCCUCUGAUCUGGUGAAGAAGCAGCUCAGCCAGCUCCGGGACCAGUGGCAGACCCUGAAACAGACGGCCUCGAACCAGAUGAGGGCCCUGGGUGGAGCCAAGAACCUGCAGGAGUUCAACAAGAAGGUGGAAAAGCUGGAGGCGUGGAUUAAAAAGAAGCAGGAAGAGGAGCAGUCUCUGGGGAACGUCCUGGGAAAAAGUGUUGACAAAAUGCAGCUGACAAGGAGAAUUUUAGAUCUAAAGCAGGAGGAGCAGCUGUACAGAAACCUACACGAGGAGAUCAACCACUUGGCCCUAAAGCUGGAGAAACAAGGGAAGACGGAUGUCAAAAACAUCUCCAGCAAGAGGAAAAACAUCAACAAAAUGUGGCUGAAGGUCCAGUCUCAUCUGAAAACCCACCAUGAAAAUCUUCAGCUGGCACUGGAGGUGUCCUCUUUCUACCAACAGGCCGACAACACCUUGUUUUCCAUUAAUAACAUGUGGAAAAGCAUAUCGGAGUCCAAAGAUCUGGACGGCUUUGGAGACCGAGAAAUACGCGACAUCGCCAGUCAAAUAAUGGUGCUCGAUGUGAGCGUGUCCCAGGUGUCAAACCUCCACCCAGCCCUGGCUGCCGGCGUCACACAGAAACAGAUCGAGGUGAAGGACCGCUGGGCGCUUCUUCAGAAGGCUUUCAGGCGAGACAGCAGGCCGACAACUUUGGUGGCCCCGACGCACGGGCCCACGCUCCUCCCCAGCGGCUCCGCUUUCACCAGGGAAGAUGCCGACCCCCUGACACCAGCCCGAGAGCCCCAGUGCAACGUGGGAACCGAGACGCAAAGGAUCAUGGGAAAGGAGUCGAAGGAGGAGCAGAAUCGUCUAAAAGGCUGCGUAAGCACUGUCAAAUGUGGGAUCGCCAGGAGAGCACAGGGCCAGGAGCAGCCAUCAACGAGCCGCACCUCCUCACCCACGGGAGACGGCCCUGCCUGUGUAAAUGAUGUCAUCGCCAGACAUCAGUGGAAGGGGGAAAGCAGAACGCUCGGAGCAGAGCCCCGGCUGGCCGCCGCCCCGCGAGGCCACCCACAGCUUCACACCCAGCUCCAGAAGUUCACCGUGUCCGCCGACAAGACGUUGUCCUGGCUGAAAGACAACGUGUCCAUGGCAACACAAGUGUGUUCAAUAGCCAGCUUCAAGGGGCUGGAGGCAGCCAGGAAGUGUCAACACGCUCUGGAGCAAGAAAUUCUCACCAACGGGGCCAGAAUAGAGGUGGUCAAACGGGAGGGCCACGGGCUGGUCCGCGCUCAGCACGCAGGCAGCGCCAAGAUACAGGAGUUCCUGGGCCAGCUGGAAGUCCUGUGGGAGGAGCUGCGAAGGAGGCACCAGAGGAACGCGGCGUUUCUGCAGGCCUCAGAGGAGCUGGCUUUUAGGGUUGUGAAAGUGCUCCAGGCCCUGGGCAGUCUGGAGGCCUGGCUGGAGUCCGUGGAGCUUUCCAUGAAGGAAUCGGCUCUCGCCGGGGACCCUGAGACGAUGAGCCUGGCCGAGAGGGAGAGCUGUCGGCUGGAGAAGGAGGUGGCGGCCCGCCGCCCGGAGCUCAGCGCUCUGAGGCAGGAGGUGGAGCGUCUCCAAACCCACAGUCACCCGCACACACGAGGCCUGCCAGCGCGCAUGGAGGAGUUGGAAAGAAAGUACCAUCGUAUCCAAAGUGCGCUGACCCAGCAGAACUCAGAGCUGCAGGACACACGGAUGCUUACAGAGUUCCUGGAGCGCGUGGAGCUGGAGGAGAGCCAGGACCUGAGCGGCAGUCGGUACAGUCUGGGCCAGCCUCUUCACAGUGAGAUCUCCUCAGCUCCGACCUCGCUGGGACUCUGCAGCAGCAGCGGUGGGGAGCCCCUGAUAGAAAGCAUGGGGGACCCCGUGGAGGAGCUACGAGAGGCUGUGGAGAUGCUGAACGACACCGUCAGGGAAAGAGGCCGAUCGCAGAGCCACGACCAGGCCGUCCAGGAGCUGUUGAGCAAGCACGCCAGCCUGGCGGUGCACGUGGAGGAGUGCCUUUGCCGCAGCAAAGAGCUGGGCCUGGACAUCCUGGAGAAGGAGACGGAAUUGGCCGUCCAGUGUGAGCCAGACCGCUGCGGCCUCGAGGCUCUGCAGGAGAAGCAGGACCACCUGGAGAUUGACUAUGAAGUCAUCCGGGAGGAGGUUCGGGAGAUGGAGAACCAGACGUCCCGCCUGGAGGAACUGUGCCCAGGGAGAGUGCACACGCUCGGGGCAAAGAUCCAGGCUAUGCUGGGGGCCUGGACGGAGCUGGGCAAGAGUGCGACGGAGAACAGGUCCCGUCUGCGAGAGUUCGUGCAGCUCCAGGACUUCUUCAGGAGCUACCUCGCCAUGAUCUCAUGGACGGAAGACACCCGGGCGAGCAUAUUCUCAGACACCGCCUUGCAUCUCGGGAGGGAGGGCCAGAGGCCUCUCGCCGCCGAGCUGGACGCGCAGAUUGAGCAAAAGUUUGAGGAGUUUGAUGAGCUGGCGAACACGGGGAGGCAUCUGUUAGACAAAGAACACCACCUCACACAGAUGGUGAGGGAGCGCAUGGAGGAGCUGAGGAGUAUGCUCGGGUGGAUCUCAGUGCACUGGAGGGCUCAGAAACAACAGUGGCUUCACAAGAAGAGCCAACAGGAGCCUUUGCAAGAUAACAUUUAUUCCGAGGCCACCGCGUGGACUCCAUUGACAGAGACUUUAUCCCCUGAGCUAGAAGCCCACCACUCCCUUUCGUCCCGCUUCGCCAUCGGCAAUUACGACGCCUUAAAGGCAGCAGCAGCGUCCAGGCGGGCGGAGCAGCCCGAGGAGGAGCCGCUAGACGACGGGUACGAGGUCAUGAACGGUAUCGGCCAGCAGGACGCCCACGCUCCCUCCUCAAAGUCUCCCAAAUCCUCCAUCGUGGUCCUCAAAGAGCCCAGCAGCCCCGCUGCUUUAGGGGGCACGGUGAACCUCAUCCUGAGUUUUGGGGGACAGGCGGACAGCCAGGUCCUGGCGCUUGACCCCCCGCCCGCCAGGACGGACGAGGUAACGGAGGAGGACCCCGAGCCUCAGGGCGUCCACAGGGUAAGUACCUACCUGCAUGUCAAGGACAGCAGCCUGGCUGUGGUCCCCGUGUACGAGAGCAUCACCUUGCCCCGCCAAAAGAGCCGCCCCGCAGCCUCGGCCUCCCCUACUUUCUCAACGGCCUCCUCCUCGCCGCCGUCCUCGGCGCCGGCACCUCAGAUGGCCAACGUGACCUUCCGCCCGGCGGCGGGGAGCGGCGGCGGUUCCCUCUUCAGCAGCCUCAAGAGAAUGGGCAAGAAGCGGAAGAGGAAGAGAGACGCGCGCCGGCACACCAUUCAGAAAAUCAUGGGGGUGGAGGAGCGGCCGGGGGGGAGGCCUCAUUACGACUGCGACGCCAUCGCCUACGACACGCGCACAUGGCCACUGAAGGAAGCCAGGAGGACGAAGGCUUCCCAGGAGAGUGGGGAAGGGGUGGAGGCUCUGGCCUACAUGAAGAACCCCCUGCUGGCGGACAUCGACACCGAAUGCGCCGGCGAAUACAGCGUCAUUCCGUACGCAGUCUGCGAGGGGGCGACGGCGUCCCCCGCCAGAAGCCACUGCCGAGUCCUGUCUCUGGGCUCCGUGCUGAGCUUCGACCUCCCUAAGGACAUGACCCUCAUCCCCAGCAUCCAGGACAUCAUUACCAUCGCCCCGCCGGAGUCCAAAAUAGGAGCGGCCACUGAUCCGGACCCCCACUCCCAGAGACACACGGCCCUGAGCUCCUUCAAGCAGAGUCGACCCGCUCCUGCCGCCGCCGCCGCCGCGCGGGGCUCAGCGGAGCUCAGCGUUCCCGCCGCAGUCAAAGAUCCGCCCGAUGUGGAGAAGAUUCCCCGAGCACAGCGUCCGGUCUCCUCGGAGGGCGCCGAGGAUCGCGCGGUGACGCGCAACGGCCUUUCGAAAACCCAGUCCGGCCCUCACAAGCCUGCGGGACAGGCGGCAGACAAGGUGGUGUCCGAGGUGAGGACCAGCGCGGCAGAGCAUCCGCAUUGCCCCAUUUACGUGAACCAUGCCCCAAAUGCAGCCGCGCAGUCACGCGUGUGCCCAAGUGUCCACACGCUCAUCCGAGACCUGAACGGACACCCGUACCAUAAGCAUCCAAGACCCCGGGUGGCGCGCGAGGAGAGUCCCAGACCUCCGGGUCUGAGCCAAGCUUCUCACGUGGUCGUGAGUCUCAAGUCCACGGUGAGCGUGCGCCACGACUCUGUGGAUUCUGGCAUCUCCACCUCCAGCAGCAUCAAGCUUUCUAGCGAGGCCCCCGGUCCGGAUAAGCCGCAGCCCAAGGGCGUGGUGGGGAGGCUCAUGUCCUUCGAGGUGGGAGGUCUGGACUGCGCUACGACGGGGGCGAACCCCCCCCUGGCGCCGUCGGCUCCAACGGCGGAGCCGGAAGCGGAGCCCGUCCCGCUGGACCGCCAGCAGUUUGAGGAGGAGGAGGAAGAGCUGGAGGACAUCUGGAACCGGACCACCGGCUGCAGGCGCAGCGUGUGCUCGGACAUCAUGUACCAGCCCCACCACGGGCCCUCGGACCCGCCCGGGGGGCCCCUCUCCCGCUCAGCUUCACCCGAGAGCCCGGCUGCGCUCUACAGGAACCUGGUCACGGCCUCGGCACCCAACCUCCCGGCGGCAGAGUUCAAGCUUCGGAGCCUGCUGGGUUACGACAAGGAGCAGAGCCACAAAGGUCGCCUCCCCCCACUGGCCACAGGGGACAGGAGGUCCUGGGCGGCCUUUCCCAACACGGAACCCGCAGGCAGGAACCCAGUCUCUGUGAACGAGACGGCAUCGAAUCCGGUGAAGCUGCCAGAUGUGGGGGACAAUCAGAGAUACGUCUAUCAAUACAGAGAGGAGGAGGAGGAGGAGGAGGAGGAAGAGGCAACGGUGGGGGAGGAAGUGGAUGAACAUGCAGGUUCUUUGAAGGAACAAUCGGUGAGUGUACUGUCAGUUCAUAUGAGUUUGGAAGGCGUGUGUGGGCAAAGAAAAGCCUCACAGAGCCUGGAUGAGAUGGAGAAGCAGGAAGGCUCUUUGGCCACAGGAGGGCGCCCUAUCAACUUGAGCGGGAAGCCCGAGCCGCAGUCUAUGGAGGCCUCUCUGGAGAAGAAGCACAAGCUGCAGCUGGGGGGAAAGAAAGCUGCCUCCAGGGGCUGGAGCUCCUACCAUGCCGUCCUGUACAGACACACCCUGUGCUUCUACCAGGACAGAAAGGAUACUCCCAGGAGUUCCGUAUGCGGCCUCCCGCUGAACCUCACGGGCGCCGAGUGUUCACCCGUCCCGGAGUACACCAAAAAGCCCAACUGCUUUCGACUCCGGCUCCGGGACGGCUCGGAGUAUCUGCUCAACGCCUCCUCCCGCUUUAUGCUGAAGAAAUGGAUGAUGAAGAUACAAGCGAGCACGGGUCUCAGCGAGACGAGCGUCCCCGCUGAUCCGGAUCCUGUCUCCACGAAGCCCUUCCUUUGCUCCACCUGUCACGGCCUCGCCACCUGCCAAUGCCCCUCCCGCCGCGAUGUCACCUCCACGACCCUCAGGCCGCCGGGCGGCGCCCGCACCAAGGAGAUAUUUGUCCUCACCAGGGAGUUCAGUCACAUGCCGCAGAGCCUUUUGAGGGCCGCGGACGAGCGGCCGCCCGCCUCGCCCUCGGGUGCUGCAGGCCGCCGCGAUGAUGAUGAUGAUGAUGAAGAAGACAGUUUGACAGUGACUCACAGGCUGUCUGGAGCAUCCAGUGACGCCACCUCCUACUCCUCCUCCUCCCCCGUCUCCAGCAGCGAGGACCGGCUCGGCCACAAGCGGCGCUCCCACUCCUUCACGUCGGCGACGUUCCAGAGGAUCCAACCCACGUUGCACCCCCCGGGAGGCGGAGGCUCCAACUACUGCGUGACUCUUGUGGUCGGGGACAAGUCGUCAGACAGGAGCCCGGGGCCUCUGCCGCUGGACGCCUGUGAGGGGUCCUCUCUGAGGAGCUACACCAGCCUGCCGAGACCGCGCACCAAGUCCGUCUUCAAAAAGUUCUUUGGGAAAAGGGACUUCUGAGUUUUUUACUAACAAAGGUGUGUGCAGUGCACAUAUUUGUUCAAAAGAAUAAAAUAAAGAAAAUGCUACUACUGAUUGUAUUUAUGAUCUGAAUCUGAGCUGCCACGGUUUGAUUUUUGAUGUGUUUUAUAUAAAUCACUUGCAGGCCUUCUGAGUGUUGUCGUGAAAGGAAUCAUACUGUGUGUGUGUGUGUGUGUGUGUGUGUGUGCACCUUGUCAUUGUAGAUGUGAACAUUUUCUCAUAUUUGCUUUUAUAGUUUUUGGAUUGUUGAGUUAUUGAGUAUACGGUCUCUGCAUGAAGAAAUGGACCUGACUCAGUCAUGGUCAAGCAUUCAAUACCCUGAACUCACAACACUUCACAUGUACGCUGUGUGUCGCACCAAAACAUUUUCGUCCUAAUAAGGAAAUCAGCGGUUUGAUACUGCUGGAGCUUGUUUGAUAUUAACCCUUUUUUUAAAAUACAAAAUGUAUUAAAGACUAUUCAUAAUAAAACAUCAAAAACAA